AGAAAGCCCGCACAGAGGCCCCGUGAUCCGGCGGAAGGCGCGAGCCAUGGAGAUCGCCACGGUGGACCUCCGCGGCGUGGAGCCCAGCGGGCCGGGGUGGGAGGCCGCCCGCGCUGCGGUGACCGCGUCCAUGGCGGUGCACGGCUUCGUCGUCAUCGCGCCCGACGCGCUCGGCCCGGACCUCCGUCGGGCACUGUUCACCCGCGCCCUGCCGGAGCUCUUCGCGCUGCCGCUCGAGACCAAGAAGCGCACCUUCUCCACCAAGGGGCAGUUCAGGGGCUACAUCGGCCAGCGGCCCGGCAUUAACUGGGAGAGCCUCCACGUCGGGGAGCCCACCGACGCCACUAGCAUCCGCGGCUUCGCCGACCUCCUCUGGCCGGAGGGCCACCCGGAGUUCUGCGAGACGAUCGUGUCGUUCGCCAAGAACAUGCUGAAGCUGGAGGAGAUGGUGGAGGCGCUGGUCCUGGAGGGCCUCGGCGUCCGUGGGGAGAGCAUCCGCGCCCACUUGGACAUGCUCGGGCACGGCAUCCGGAUGUCGCACUACGGCGCGCCGCCGAGCACGGAGACCGCCAUGUCCAUGGAGCCGCACUACGACGACAGCAUAGUCACCACGAUCGUGCAGCACGAGGUGGAAGGCCUGGAGGUGCACGUCGGGGACGGGCGCUGGGCCGCCGUCCCUGCCGAGCCCGGCACCUUCGCCUUCGUCGCCGGGGAGCAGCUCAGGGUCGCCACGAACGGGCGCGUGCCGGCGUGCCUCCACCGCGUGCGGACGCCGAGCAACCGCGAGCGGUUCUCGGUGCUGUUCGGCCGCCGGCAGAAGGAUGGCGUCGCGGUGCGCGCGCUGGAGGACCUCGUCGACGCGGAGCACCCGCUGCUGUACAACCCCCUGAGGCACGAGGAGUACUCCAAUUGGCGUUACUCGGAGGAAGCGCACAAGUUCGAGGAUCCACUCAAGGUGUUCUGCGGUGUGGAGAAGGCCGGAGCCAUGGUUUGA